GGGGAAACUUCAGGAAGUUAAAAAACCGCUACGUCUGCAGAUCAGAGGAGGAAUCACUCCGGAGAAGCGUUAAGAGAGUAACUCUGUCAACCUUUGAACCUCAUUCUCCAUCAGAGUCACAAGACAAAGCCGACUGAACGAGGGGAACAACAUUAGUAGGAAAGUUGCAUGGUACAUAUUUGGAAAUGAACAGGCGGUAAUCGAACAGGCUGGGAAAAACACAUCAAAGCGAAAAAACAGCGAAGAGAGACGAUCUACUGCCCACCACUAGUCAGGACUGCUUGGUUUCUCAUAAAAAAGGACUUUCUUGUGCAAAUGUCGUCAGUGCUGUUCAACCCCGGGGCAGGCCCCAAAGUUAAUGGAGUUGACGGCAAUGGGAAAGAAGAGGCCAGUGUUAGUAUUGAUGACGGAAAGGAGGAAAGCGAUGUUCCUGAUACCAUGUACCAUCAUGUCCAAAAGAAGAUUGCACCAUUUGUGAUGUCUUUUGGCUUCCGGGUGUUUGGGGUGGUGCUCAUACUGGUGGACAUCAUCCUGGUCGUCGUAGACCUUGCGAUGACGGAGCACAUGCCCCACGUGCAUUGCGCUCUCGAGGCUGUGUCUCUGGCCAUCUCACUCUUCUUCCUGGUGGAUGUGAUCCUUCGAGUCUACGUGGAAGGAUUCAAAGUGUACUUCAGCUCCAAGUUAAACAUUGCAGAUGCCUGUGUUGUGGUUGUCACCCUCAUCAUCACCAUGGUCUACAGCUUCAGUGAUCUGUCUGGGGCCAUGCUCAUUCCCAGGGUGGUAAGCUUCUUCAGGGCCUUGAGGAUCAUCAUCUUGGUCCGCAUCUUCAGACUGGCCUCCCAGAAGAAGGAGCUGGAGAAGGUCACCAGGAGAAUGGUGUCAGAAAACAAAAGACGCUACCAGAAGGAUGGGUUUGAUCUGGACCUGACUUAUGUCACAGACCGCGUCAUUGCCAUGUCAUUCCCGUCGUCGGGGAAACAGUCUUUCUACAGGAACCCCAUCAGAGAGGUGGCAAGAUUCUUGGAUACCAAACAUGAGGAUCACUAUAAAGUGUAUAAUCUCUGUAGCGAAAAGGGCUACGACCCCCAGUUCUUCCAUUACAGAGUGGAGCGAGUGUUUAUCGAUGACCACAAUGUUCCCUCUCUGGAGGCCAUGCUGAAGUACACAGCCAGCGUGAGAGAGUGGAUGGGCGCCGAUCCCAGGAACAUUAUCGCCAUCCACUGUAAAGGAGGGAAGGGACGUACUGGGACUAUGAUCUGCACUUGGCUGAUUGACAGUGACCAGUUUGAAAGUGCUCAGGACAGUUUAGAUUAUUUUGGAGAGAGGAGGACAGACCAAAGCAAGAGCUCUAAGUUUCAGGGAGUGGAGACGCCGUCACAGAGCAGGUAUGUGGGAUACUAUGAGAUUAUGAAAAAUAAAUACGACCGGCAGCUGCCCCCAGAGAAGAGUCUGAAAAUAAAGAGCAUUCGGAUUCAUUCUGUAGCAGGUGUGGGCAGAGGGAACGGCACUGAUCUGAAGGUGAAAAUCAUAGUGCGGAAGGAGACCGUGUUUCAGUGUGCGUGCGAUAAGAGGGAUAAAUGCACGCUGUUCCCAGAUGCCGGGAAUAAUGCGGUGGUCAUCAGUUUACAGGAUGGACCAGUCGUCAGUGGGGAUGUCAAGGUCAUGUUUGAAUCCAGUGCAGGUCUUCCUAAAGGGUAUGAGAACUGCCCCUUUUAUUUCUGGUUUAAUACCUCGUUUGUGGAACAAAACAGGUUGUAUUUGUCCAGGGAGGAACUAGACAACCCCCACAAACCGAAGACCUGGGACAUCUACAAGGAGGACUUUGGUAUAACUUUGUCCUUCAGUGAUGUGUGAGCACAUUGUUCCAGGUGCCAUUUCUGGGAAUUCUAAAACAUUCUGGAAUGUUUUUCCACCAAUUGCCUUGCACUAAAGCCACUGAUGUAUAAUGCAUUUAACAUGUUUAUUUUUUCUUUUGUAUUGCAUUUCGUUAUUUCUGUGACAAGUGAAGGUUGUUUUGGAAGAUCUUCACAUUGUGUCGCAAAAGUACUUCUGGUGGAAUUUUUUCCUGUACUGCAUAUGUCACUCCUGGUACAUUUAUUGAUGUACUGUGUGUAAAUAAAUAGUAUCGAAAGACCUGUUUCAAUGCCUCAUGCAUUAUGAAAGUCAAAUAUUUGAAACUGUCUUGUAAUUAAAAUAUACCCUGAAAUUUACCUUACUUAAACUGUGAUGCACAUUGAUGAAGUUCAACAUGCAACAUUUUUUUUAUCUGUUUGUUUUGCUCUAUGUAAAAUCUGAAGAAAUUCAACAGCUCAAAUAGGAUUUUCCCAUUCCCCAUUCCCAUCCAAGACAAACAGACUAUAUAUUUUUUCUAGAUGGGAGUAUUGAGUUUACUGCACCAUUACACCAUAGCUUAAGUGACAGAGCCAGGACCUAACAGGGCAGCUGUACGGUGAAGCUGAUAGGCCGUGCUCCUGAUAUACCUCUGCUGUUAGCCAAGAAAAGAAUAUAACAAUACCUUUUGGGCUGUGUGAUAUUUUGCUUAAUAAAAUUAAAUAAAACAUGA